ACAAUGCACAAAACACUUCCUGGUUUAUCCGGAACACACGUGAAACUCGCAUUUAUCCUGUUUUUACUUUUGUUUUAGUUAUUUAAAUGGGAGUUCUUCAAUAACAUUACUCCGAAGUGUAAUAAGAGGACCGUCCAAGAUUAUGUGCUAAUUUCCGACAUUAAUUAAAUUCAAGACCUAUGUUAACGAUACAAAGUAUAUGAACAUGUUUGAAGCAGAAGAUGAUGAUGGUGGGAGUCAGGCCGACGCUUUAGCUGAUGUGGUAUCAGGAGGUAAAUCAUUCCACGUCGUUCUAGAAAAGUCCCCUCCUGAUUAUGUGAAGAAAAUAUCGCAGUAUCUCGAAUGCUCGGCGGGACCGAGUAGUCAAAUUCCAACAAUUGAAGGCGUCGUUGAAGUUGACAGUGAUUCGGGAGACAGCCUAUUUCUGACACAGAAGCCAGUGCCUCACCCUGUGAGAACAGUCAGGCAUCAGAAAUCUCCAAAUUACACCUAUCACACUGAGUUGGAGGACGGUGAGGGGGACACUUCUCCUCACAGUUAUGUGGAUGAUCAUAAGACCACCAGAAAGAAAAGGAAAAGACGGAUAAAGCUUCCAAAAUACAGCUUUUCUUUUCUAGAAGGAACGAAAUGCAAGCCCAAAUGCACACAUUUAUCCAACAAACAGAAUCUAAAAUUCCAUAAUUACGUGAUGGGGAGCUUCUUUAAAUGUCUAGAGUUGUGGAAGGGAGCAGAUGAUUUGUGGGGGUCUCUACCAACAGUUGACCAAGAUAAUGAGGAUAUAUCACCACUGACAGAAGCUGAAGGAGAAGACAAAUGUGCCCAAGACAUCAAAGUGGUGGGAAAAGGAUGUUUUCUGAUGAAAUCCAAACCAAAGUCGCAGCAACCCUGGUACACACCACCACAGUCUACUGAGACUGGGAUACAACUGGAGGAGGGAGGAGUCGUCACUCAACAAAGGAAGAAAAAAGAUAAAAUGUCAACCAAGAUGACAAUAUCAAGUCUGCCUUUAGCGAAAGACAAAAACAUUGAAAUAUGCUCGUCUGAAAAUCGUUGCAAUCACGGCCUGCUCAGAAACGAUGAACCAUUAGCAAACAAAUUGUUACUGACCCUAACGCCACGAAACGAGAUGAUUAUUUUGCCAGAAGAAACAGAAGAACUUCCUUAUGCAGAAAGUACAAGUGAGCGUAUGCCAGUCAAACAUUUGAACAAAGACUAUCGUCAGUCCGGGCUUGAAGAGGAUGAGGAUGCCACACGUGACAAUGCACAGUGAGGCCACAUCAUAGAGAAGAAAUUUGUGAUGUUCCUCCAGUAAAAAAGAAGAAAAAGAAGAGACGAGUUGAUGAGAACGUCAACUUGGAGUUUGACAUCAGUGUAAAGGACGAUUCAAUUCGGUCCCUCGGCCAAAGUGAAUUUGCAGAGAAAGAAAAGCAAGGAGAAGUCAAAACGUUUUCCCACGAAGAGAGACAAGGGGACAAAAAGAGAUCAAAUCAGGAAUUAGGGAGUUUAGACAUGACUGCAGCUUCUCAAGGAACCGCAAAGACUAAAUCGAAGAAGUCUCAAGAUGCUGCUCAAGAACAAGGGGACAUUAGUAAGAAGUCCUCCAGUGAUGCUGCACCUUCAAGCGGAAAUAAAGAAAGGAAAAAGAUCUCUUUCCAUAUAUUUAAGGAGGUAGGCAUGUUUGACACUCCGCAUGUUGCUGACGAAACACAGAAAUUGACUCAAAAGCAAGAAAAUGAGAAAAAUCGAGCAAAGCGAUCCCAGAAGAUGAGCUGGGGGAAAAAAACAAAACGAGGACCUCUUCCUUCCUCGUUGCUGAUGUUGCGUAAAAUAGCGCUUUGGAGACCCACUCGCUCAAAAGGUUCAAGAAAAAUAAUUUGGCCGGCAUCAAUAGCACAGAGGAUUUUUAAGGUUCGUCAAACCGUGCUUUAUCUAAAACAGUUCAGAUGCACCUGGAAGGUAAAAAGAAGCAGAGUGACAGUCAAGUGGAGAGGAAAAAGAGUCUAGCUGCUUCUGGACAUUUGAAACGUUGUGGUCAUCUGCAACCAUGUGUGUCCUGUUGGUUUUGUAUCUAAAUGUUUUAUCCUGGCUAUAUUAUAAAAGUCUACACACUCCUGUUCAAAUGCUAUGAUUUGCGACAUUAAUAAAAUGUGACAAUUUAUUUCACAAUUCAAGAGAAUUUUAAACAAAUAUUUUUGAUGGAGGAAAGUGAAUCUAGACAAUUAAGAAAGUGUUUGUCGUUGUACAAAUUCAGCUCUGUAAUUUGCAGAGGUAGAGAGAGGUAAAUUGACUUAUUGGCGGUUAUUCGUUCAUUUGCUCCUUCCCAGUCAAAAUGUAUUGGACGUCUAGCGCCAGCAACUGUCGCCAAUGAAUUCAAUCAUCAACGAGUGCCUUAUAAAGGGUUAUGAUGAUGAAUGGCAGCCAUUGAGUUCAGUGAGAGCCCAUUAAAGGGUGUUGUUGCCUGAAUUUUUGUUUAAUUUGUUUUUUUUGUUAAAUUGUUGUUUAAUUUCUAUAUUUAGUUUCUAUAUUGCGGGCCCUCAGUACGUAUAUCACAGAUUUUAUUCAAGUAAAA